ACUUUGGAUCACCAAUAGAAAAGACUGGACCAAAUUCUCUUAUGGCCCGCUUUUGAGACAUACUCGGUAUUCACAAAACUGACUGAAGACCACAGAAUUGGUAUUUAAUAAAAAAUGCUGUUGUCAAUAGGAAUGCUAAUGCUGUCUGCCACUCAGAUCUACACCAUUUUGACAGUUCAGUUGUUUGCUUUCCUUAAUCUUUUGCCUGUGGAGGCAGAUAUUUUAGCGUAUAAUUUUGAAAAUGCAACUCAGACAUUUGAUGAUCUGCCAGCCAGGUUUGGCUAUCGAUUACCGGCUGAAGGCUUGAAGGGGUUCUUAAUAAAUUCGAAGCCGGAGAAUGCGUGUGAGCCUAUAGCCCCUCCACCACUUAAGGACAACUCCUCCAAUACUUUCAUUGUCUUAAUCAGAAGACUUGACUGCAACUUUGAUAUCAAGGUUUUAAAUGCACAGAGAGCUGGAUACAAAGCAGCUCUAGUUCACAAUGUUGAUUCCGAUGACCUGAUUAGCAUGGGAUCCAACGACAUUGAAGUUUUAAAGAAGAUUGACAUUCCUUCUGUCUUCAUUGGUGAGUCAUCUGCUAAUUCCCUUAAGGAAGACUUUACUUAUGAAAAGGGUGGCCAUAUUGUGCUAAUCCCAGAGUUCAGUCUUCCUUUGGAAUACUAUUUAAUUCCAUUCCUGAUUAUAGUGGGGAUCUGCCUUAUACUCAUCGUCAUAUUUAUGAUCACGAAAUUUGUGCAAGACAGGCACAGAGCAAGAAGGAACCGGCUUCGAAAAGAUCAGCUUAAGAAACUUCCCGUACAUAAAUUUAAGAAAGGAGAUGAGUAUGAUGUAUGUGCCAUUUGUUUGGAUGAAUAUGAAGAUGGUGACAAGCUCAGGGUCCUUCCCUGCUCUCAUGCUUAUCACUGCAAGUGUGUGGACCCAUGGCUGACUAAAACAAAAAAAACUUGUCCUGUAUGUAAGCAGAAAGUGGUCCCUUCUCAAGGGGAUUCAGACUCCGAAACAGACAGUAGUCAAGAAGAAAAUGAAGUGUCAGAAAAUACCCCUCUGCUUAGGCCUCUUGCAUCAGUUAGUACUCAGUCAUUUGGGGCUCUGUCAGAAUCUCACUCCCAUCAAAAUGUGACUGAGUCUUCAGAAUAUGAGGAAGAUGAUAAUGAGGAGAUUGAUAGUAGUGAUGCAGAAAACGGAAUAACUGAAGAGAGCAUAGUGGUUCAGCUACAACCCAGUGAUGAAAGGGAGUACAGAGUGGCAAAUACUGUUUGAAUAGCUUCAGGACUGCUACCGAUCAAUUGCAUAUGAACUAAAUUGUUCGUAAAGCUAUACUUUACAUAUAUUUACGUAGGGAAUAUGUUUUAUUUUGUAACCCCUUUGGUUACUUUAAUCGACAGUAACUGUUCACAUAGUGGGUCUCUGGUUUAAUCAUAUUAAUUACAGAUGGAUUUCUCUUCGGUUCUGGUACUCAUUCACAUACUUGUCUUUUCAAAUGAACAGUUUAACAGGACUUCACUGUCCUACUGAAUAAUGUUUGUAGUUUCCACAAAUAGAGAUGUUACAAGAAAUUUUUACUUUAAAAAUGUCAGUAUCUUGUUGAAAUGGGAUUUAGCCACAAAAAUAGAAUAUUUUCCUGGCUACUACUUGUAGGUAAGAUUGGAUUAUAGAGAUAGCAAUAUUUAUUAUGUGUAUGGUGUUACUCUCCAGCCCAACCAAAAAAAGUACAUGGUGCCUGUUUCUACAGGGAUUUCCCACACUUGCUACUACUGCAAUCAAGGGGUAGAAGGAGUCCCUUUAGCAGUUAUGUUGCAAAGAAAGCAGAGAAAUUGAAGAUUUGGGCUCUACCGCAGUGAUUCAUUUGCCUUUCUAAAUAAUCCUAUUGAGCUUGCAAAAGCAGUUCAAGAUCACAAAAAAAACCAACUUUGGAAUCUGUUACAUUGAAAGUAACUCACAGGGAAAAAAUAUUCAAAAUGCAUUAAUAGGCUUUAUUUGCUGAUAGCAGCUAGACUAAUUUCCUAUGAAAAUAAUGUAGGAAUGGGGGUGACCAAAAUGGAACAGCAAGCCAAGUUACAUAUAGACAUACUGAAUUAUAUUAAGUGUUCUGUUGAUCCUCAAAUCAUAUACCUCUAACUAAGGAGCAUUUUGUGCUGCAUUAACCUGCUAAACUUUGUACAUAGAGAAAUGGUUCUUUUUGAGUUUGAUUUGAAAACAAGUGCUUAUAAAUAUUAAAGAGAACUCUCUACUUACAAGUGUAUCAUGAAAAGCUAAAAUUAUAUAUAAUGCCAUUGUAACUAUGUAGAAAAUAAUCUCACACAUGUAUAAUCAAAAUGCAGAGAAUUUUUUAUAUGGCCUUGUAUAAGGGGAGUUUGAAAGAAUGUUAAUAAACAUGUUUUCCACUUUAA